AUGCCAACAGAACAUAAUACCACAUCAUCUCCGCAAAUAUUGCGGAUCCCUAGAACUGAUGACCCCGACUCCUACGUGCUGCUUCGAGUUAUCAAGUCACGCUCCGACCUGGAUAUCGUUGCCACGGAAGGAGAGAACCCGUAUACCGGUUAUAUUAAACAGACCCGCCUGAAGGAUCUUCGUGCGAAAAGUUAUCAAGGCAGUGACGAAGAAUGGGCUCGGAUUGUAUCGUACGUUUUCGGACAAGUCUCAACAGUUGGUAAACCAGAAUGGUGCCAUGGGAUCGAGGUCUCAGCCAGCGUUUCCGAUCCUGAGAACGAUGAAGACAAAGAGUUAUCCCUGACUAUACGGAAACGAAUCCAAACUAUAACACAAAGACUCGGCUCGAUAAGCCUCAAACAGGAUGAUGAACAAGCCAUUGAACUAUUUGACUGGCUUGGUAUUGCCGCCGCAAGGGCAUAUGCCUCCGAUGAGCGCUCUUCAUCACUAGCUGAUCGUUGUCGCAUCGCCGAGGACACUAUCCAACAGCUGACGAGGCAGCUUGAGGAGCUCACUCGCGCAAAGAUCCACCACGAAGAUCAGCUGGUUGCCAAUUUCGCUCAGUUACUGAACGAGAAGAAGCUCAAAAUUCGCAAUCAACAGCGCCUAUUGGCCUCAGCCAAGGUAGACCCGGUCAAGGUAUCUGAGAUGCAAGCGGUAACAUCUAAGGACCGCAAUUCAACACAGAAAAACAGGCGCCUAAAGCGCGAUGUUCGAGAAAUAAGCAAGGAAGAAUCAGACAGUGGAGAUGGAUUCGAAGAAAUGCAAGUGGAUCACGUUGGUAACCAAGGUCGGGAACAGGAUCAAGAAAUGGACGAUGAAGAACGUUCAACUCCUCAACCAUUAGAAGAUGAAGGAGACAAUGGCACCACCACAGACGAAGAGUCCGUCCCGUUACAUGCCGAGCAAAACUCCAGCAUAAGUAAUCGUCCGAUGCUCAAGAAUCCUGCAGCUUCCCCUCCGCGAAGAGAACUCCCUUUCGCGAGGCGAGUCCCAGAAAAGGAGGAGGUACAGAGUCAGCCGUACCAAGCAGAAGAUGAUGCCGGAAGUACUGCUGGAGAGACAGACGAUGAUGAGCUAUGA